UCAAACGUGGGACAGUGAACACUUUUUGAGUUGAGUGAGCAUGGAAGAACCCAACUCGUCUUUCUUCAACCUAGCGGUUUUGGAUACUCUCACCCAACACUCAGUGCACGAAAUCAUCGAAAGCUACAAUGGAUUCUGCAACGCUACGCAAUCCCUUCUCAGCGGUAACAGUGAUCUCUCUGUUGGUACUGUCUUCGUUUCUCACGUUCACGCUCUCUGCAAACACCACCUUGAAUCCCUCGUCCAAGACCACUUUCUACGAGUCCUAGAGGAAAUGUUUGAACGAAAUGGGGCAUCCAGAUUUUGGCGCCAUUUUGAUCCUUAUGCUCAUGUUGAGGGUUUGAGCAAGAGUGAUGAUCUCGGUAUUGAUGAGGAUGACAUUCAGAGUGUGUUGUAUAAUGCAUUGGAAGAAAUCUCUUUGGAGAAACAGUAUCAGGAAAAGCUUUUGUUAAUGUUGGUUCGUGCUUUACAAUCUUUCAAGGACAAGAUGCCAGAGGAAAAGCAUAAUUUUGAGGCAGAAAGAAAUUAUCUUACAUCUAAGUAUCAAUGGAUUGUCUCUUCUGUACUUAUGGCUACACUUCCUCGGCAUUUCCCUGUUAUACUGCAUUGGUAUUUUAAGAGAAAACUGGAGGAGUUAAGUACAAUCAUGGAUGGGGAGUUUCAUGAUGAUGCAUUUCAAAAUAAGGAUGGCAUGGAUUUAGAUGAAAAAGGAAAAAUGUGCAACAAGGUUGGUGAAAUGGAUGUUGAUGAAUGCUAUAACGACCAUAGGUUCUCAGAAAACAGUAGACUAGUGAAGAAUAUUGGAAAAGUUGUUCUUGAUCUUAGAAAUCUUGGAUUUACUUCCAUGGCUGAAGAUGCUUAUGCUUCUGCUAUAUUUUUACUACUAAAGGCAAAAGUAUAUGAUGUAGCUGGUGAUGAUUUUAGGAAUUCUGUUUUACAAUCUAUUAAAAGCUGGAUACAGGCUGUUCCUCUCCAGUUUCUGCAUGCCCUUCUUGUCUAUCUUGGUGAUUUUGUUAGUUACGAGAGUACUUCUUCAGGCGUCAAAUCACCUUUGGCACCACAACCAUCCUCAUGCUGUCCUGGAAUUGAUACUCCCUCUGAAGGGCUUGUUAGGUGGAAGUUGCGGCUGGAGUAUUUUGCAUAUGAAACACUACAAGAUUUAAGAAUAGCCAAAUUAUUUGAGAUAAUUGUUGAUUAUCCUGAGAGUUCUCCUGCAAUUGAAGACUUAAAAUUGUGUCUUGAAUACACUGGACAACAUUCAAAACUGGUGGAGUCAUUUAUUUCAGCACUGCGGUAUCGCUUGCUUACUGCAGGCGCAUCAACCAAUGAUAUAUUACACCAGUAUGUUUCGACUAUUAAAGCCCUAAGAACAAUAGACCCUGCUGGUGUUUUCCUUGAGGCAGUUGGUGAACCCAUAAGGGAUUAUUUAAAAGGAAGGAGAGAUACCAUAAAAAGUAUAGUAACCAUGCUGACAGAUGGGACUGGUGGAAAUUCAAGUUCUUCUGGAAAUUCUGGUGAUAGCCUUCUUGAAGAACUGAACAGAGAUGAAGAAAUUCAAGAGAAUGCUGGUGUUGAGGAUGAUUUUAACACUGAUGAUAGGCAAGCAUGGAUCAAUGCCACACGAUGGCAGCCUGACCCUGUGGAAGCAGAUCCAUUAAAGGGAAGCAGAAACCAAAGGAAGGUUGACAUACUUGGAAUGGUUGUUGGCAUAAUUGGUUCAAAAGAUCAAUUAGUUCAUGAAUAUCGAACUAUGCUUGCUGAGAAACUUCUAAAUAAAUCUGAUUAUGAUAUUGAUUCAGAGAUACGCACGCUAGAACUCCUAAAGAUACACUUUGGAGAGAGCAGCCUACAGAAAUGUGAGAUUAUGCUCAAUGAUCUAAUUGGCUCAAAGAGAGCCAACACUAACAUUAAAGCUACCAUAAGUCAGCCAUCUCAGACAAGUGUUGAUGUGGGAGACUGUGCAAUAUCCAUGGACACUAUUUCUGCCACUAUCAUAUCUUCUAAUUUCUGGCCUCCAAUACAGGAUGAACCCCUUAAUCUGCCUGAACCUGUUGACCAACUCCUCUCUGAUUAUGCAAGGAGAUUUAAUGAAAUCAAAACUCCCCGUAAGCUGCAGUGGAAAAAAAGCCUUGGAACCAUCAAGUUGGAGUUGCAGUUUCAAGAUAGAGUAAUGCAAUUCACAGUAGCUCCUGUUCAUGCAUCUAUCAUUAUGAAAUUUCAAGAUCAACCAAGUUGGACCUCUAAAAAUCUUGCAACUGCUAUUGGGAUACCAGCAGAUGUUUUGAAUCGGAGAAUAAAUUUUUGGAUAAGCAAGGGGAUCAUUGCAGAGGCACAAGGGGCAGAUUCCUCUGACCAUGUGUACACCAUUGUGGAAAAUAUGGUUGAAACAAAUAAGAAUGGAGGCAGUACUGGUAGUACUCAGGAACUUCUAGGAGGUGAUGAGGAGGAAGAGAGAUCUGUGGCAUCUGUGGAAAAUCAACUCCGUAAGGAAAUGACUGUAUACGAGAAAUUUAUCCUGGGGAUGCUCACAAAUUUCGGUAGUAUGGCAUUAGAUCGAAUUCACAAUACUCUGAAGAUGUUUUGCAUUGCUGAUCCUCCGUAUGACAAGUCACUGCAACAACUACAAAGCUUUUUAUCGGGUCUUGUGUCUGAGGAGAAAUUAGAACUUAGGGAUGGAAUGUACUUUCUAAAGAAGUAGUGGGCUUUCAGAGUUGAAAUGAAGCCAUCAUUUUGGUUGAGUUUUUGAGCAAAAAGGUGAAAUUUAUAAAUAUUUUCCAGCGCCUGAAUUUCAUGAAAUUGCUAUUUAUUGCUUAGUCCUUAGCAGUUAUCACAAAUUUCUUUCAUUGCAUCAAUCGUAGUUGUCCAUUUUUUCAUUGACGUGUUAUUUAUCUUACAGAAGGUUCAUUGAAUAACUUCACCCUUGGCAAUUUGUAGUUGAGCUUCAUUUUUAUUGGCAUCUUUGUGUUGUCCUAAGGAAAUUUCUUACUCUUGGUUAGAGUUUGUUGCCAAACUUGGCUAGUUGUAGUAUCAAUGUGAAGUUUUCAUGAAGUAGUUAAGAUAACAUUGGUUCCACUGUAGAGAUAAAGCAAAUUCAUGCAGACCAAGGAUCAUCUUUGCUCAAGGAGAGUGGUGGAUUUGAGGACAUUAUUGGCUUCUUUAGUUUUCAUCUUGUGCCAAAGGCUUGCCAAAUGUUUUUUCAACCUCCUCUUUUUUGAUAUUUUAUAUUCUCAAAGU